AUGCCUCAUACCACCAAUCCUACCAUCAAAUCGAAUCCCAAUCCCACCUUCACCCCAACCUCAACCUCAACCACAUCCACCCCCAACUCCAAGCUCCAAAACUGGCCCCUCACCCUCCGCGAUAUCAAGCACCUCUAUACCUCCCACCACUACCGACAAUGCAUUGCUCUAGCGGAGGAUUUGUUACCGUUAACUGAAGAACCGAUCCACAAAACCUACCUCACCUUCUACACAGCCAUAUCCUACGAAGGUAUGGGACUCGCAGCACACAAUUACUCGAAGAAUAAGUUGCCUUUGUUGCAGGCUGCUGUGGAGUGGUUUGUUGUUUGUGGGGGGUGGGUUGGUGAUGCCUCUGUCCCUUCUACUGCCUCUGUUGAAGAAGAGGGGGGUGCGGUUGAGAGUGAUACGGAUAGUGAGUAUGGGUAUGAGGAUGAGGAUAAAGGUAGCGACGACACCCUGGAGAGAAGUAUCGCCCAAUUGAUUCAGGGUAUUGAUUUACUUGGAGGAGAUCCGUUCGAAGAUGAUCCGUUUAUUGAUCGAGAGGAUGCGGAUCCGAAUCAGAAUGAGGAUGAAGAAAAGUAUGAGUGGCUACUCACCCAGGACUCGGAUGCAGAAUCGAGCUCCCACAGCGAUAGCUUCCAGGAUAGUCCCAGCCUCGGUGAUAGCGACACCGACAGCGACACCGACACUCCCAACAACAGCUUCACCACCACGAACGGCCCAAACGAACUCUUCCACCUACCCCACGAGCAAGGCCUAAUCCCCUCUCCACUCAAAGUCCGCAAAGCAUCCGGUGAAUCCUUUGAAGCAAAAAUCCUCCGCCUGUCGGGAUUGAAUCUGGAUUCUGAACUCAACCUCGACCAGCAACCUUUCCCUCAAUAUAAGAAACAUCCAACUGAAGGUAGCUCUGGUUUCGUACCGCCAUUGCCAGUAAGAGUUAUUCCUACUUCCACUACUAAUCCUUAUUCUGACUCUGGGAUUUCUUCUUCUGGGAGUCUCCAUCAGAAACAUAACCACCACCACCCCCAAACCCAACCCAACACCACCGACCCAAAACAAAAAGAAGCCUUGAACUUCCUCCACGCGCAGAUAAAAUCCAGCAUCACCACCCUCCAUACCCACAUCAAUGAAAUCACCGCCCUCCAGGAGGCACGGCGCAUGUCGCGGGGUUUGCGUCGCUCGGGGUCAUUUUGGAGUUUUAGUCCGGUGAAGUCUUCAUCCUCUCCGCCAUCUUCUUCAUCUAUGCAGGAUAUUGGAGAAAGUAUUGCUGGGGGAUCAGGACGCGCAUUGUCGUUGAUGAAAGAGACUAAAGUGCAACGGAUUGAGAGGUUGAGAGGGGAAGGGUGGAGGACUGCGGGCAUUCGGUCCCCGCGGUUGGGGUGGAAGGGGGAAGAGUAUUAUCGGGGGUUUUGUGAGGGGGUGUUGGAUGAGUUGUAUUUGGGGUUGAGGUCUUCUGGAUAA